GAGGAGGAAGUACAUUACCCGAUUGGACUGGACUCAAAACUUGCCAGCGAUCCUCACACGGGGCAAGAACAGCUUUGAUGUAAACCGAAUCAGCCUUUCUCUCGGAGGAAAAUCAAAGGCACUGAAUCAUUCAAACAGAACAAGUAGCUUCCAGAAAGCUCAAGGAUGCGCACUUGUAUGCAAGAAACAUGUUAAGAAACACCAAAGAUUAAAUCAGAUGCCCAGAGUGAUGUCUCGACACAAGGUUGUAUUAUACUGGCUGUUUCUGUUGCUAGUUUGUCAUUGUGCACAAAGUGAAUUUGGUCAGCCAUGCAGUUCAAAUCCUCCUCUUCUGGCAGAAGAUCCUUCUUUAACAGAAGACAGUAAUAUUCAAAUUCAUCACAACAGACUGAAAAGAAAUGUUAUUCAACAACGUGAAUAUGAACUGGACAUUGAGGUAAACAUAACAGAAAACUUCAGUGAUGAUGACCUGAAAUUAUUACUGAACAGUAUAGUGUAUCCAAUAUCAGUCCCUUUUGAAAAUGGAACAUUAAAUAUUACUAACAUCAACAUUACAACAGUUUGUCGGAAUGUGAACAAUGAAACUCAGUGCACGUGCGAGGGUGGAUUUAUUUGGAAUUCAACAUUCUGUAGUAAAUACCAGUCUUGCAGUGGGAGUAUCACAGAGGGCCAGAGCUGUGACUGCAUCAGGAGUGAACCUACCGAAGGGAUGUUCUGCAUGUCCGAAUCUAUAAUGACAACCCCUACAACAAGCACCAUGUCCACAACUACGCUAAGAAGUACAACUCCCAGAACAACAUCAAUGACACCCACAACAACAACUCCCAGAACAACAUCAAUGACACCCACAACAACACCAACAACACCCACAACAAUGACACCAAAAACAACUUUGCCACCUGGUUUAGAACGACAGAGAUAUGCAUUCAGAGUUGUGGAACUACAGUUUACAAAGGAACUAAGCAAUUCUUCUUCACCUGAGUUUAAAGAUCUCUUAAAUCGAUUUAAGAUGCCGCUGGAAAGCAGCAUCCAAAGUGUACGUCCUGGUGCUGUGGUGAUUAUUCUAGGUUUCUCAAAUGGGAGUGUAAUUAUACUGUUUGAAGUAAUCACCGAUGCAUCUUUAACUCCUGACGAAUUCUCCACCAGUCGCGAAAAAUUGCAAAACAAUCUUACAGAUUAUAAAAUUGAGUCUUUACCUUCUGAUGAAAUACCAUGUACGGAUCAAACGUUUGGCACAACAAAUUUUAAUAUCGUCGCAGAAAUCCCAUGUGAAAACAUGCCAGGUGUCAAGAAAAGAAGAUGUGGAAGGAAUGGAGUAUAUGAAGAAGUAUUAGAUUUCUGUAUAUCAGAGGAAAUCAAUAAUAUUCUUGAGGCAGUAAACACGACUGAUUUGGAAAACAAUUUUUCCAGUCUUCUUGAACAGUUGUCCAAUGUGACAGAUGAGGACACAGUGAACACGCCUGGCAAUGUUCAAGCUGUGGUUGAAAUUAUGAGACAAAUUUCAAAUGUAAAUAGCACUGUUAAUGAAACAGAUAUGAGGAAUUUCUUAGAAACCGUGAGUUCAGUUAUAUCUUUUGAGUCAGUAAAUACGUGGAGAAUUCUCUCAAAUACCAGCCAAAGCAAUACCAAUCCUAGUUCUCAAUUAUUGCAGUCAGUAGAAAAUUUUAAUACUCGGCUCAAGUUGCAGAAUAACACAUUACGUAUUAAGGAAAAUAACCUUGAACUCAGUGCUAAUAGAAUUGUUCAACAGAAUGACGUCUCUGAUUUUAAUGUCACCUUUGCUAACUUUGCCGCUGUGGAAUAUUCCAAUUUAAGUGCUAAUAUAUUCAUUUCGUCUGAAGAAUUUUCAGAUGCAGCAAAUGCCACAAUAAUCAGUAUCGCAUAUCCAACAUGGAUUGACAUUUUACCCAAUACCUCAACUUUUGGUAAAAACUUCUUGAUUAAUAGUCUCGUCGUGACAGUAACAAUAAAUGCUGAGAAUCCUAUAAACAUCAACAUGACCUUCUCACCAAGAAAUCGCACAUUAGAUUUCAACAGUGCCACGUGUGCGUUUUGGGAUUUUAGUGGCAAUAUGUGGAAUGAUACUGGCUGUGAAUCCGAAAUAAGGGAAGAAGAAAUCAUAUGUCACUGUCAGCAUUUAACAUCCUUUUCUAUUUUAAUGUCCCCUGAUACCAAAGACAGCCUGGCUUUGAGUUACAUCACCAUUAUCGGAGUUGCCAUCUCAAUUGGAAGUUUACUGAUCACUAUUAUUAUCGAGGCCAUAGUGUGGAAGCACGUGACCAAAAAUAAAACCUCAUACAUUCGCCAUGUUGGAAUUCUGAAUAUUGCAGUAAAUCUGCUGGUCGCUGACAUAUGGUUCAUUGUGGCUUCAGCUAUAGAAACAGGAAAUAUACAGGCUUGCACAGCUGCAACUUUCUUCAUUCAUUUUUUCUAUCUUGCCUUAUUCUUCUGGAUGUUAACCCUGGGCCUGCUGCUUGUCUAUCGUUUACUAUUCCCUUUCCAUGAUCUCAGCAGAUCAGUUAUGAGGGGAAUAUCAUUUGCCAUUGGUUACCUGCCUCCAUUGAUAAUCUCGAUCAUCACAAUCGGAGUUACCUUUCCAAGAAACAGUUACACCAGAGAAGAUGCCUGCUGGCUCGGCUGGGAGACCGAAUACCCUCUGCUUGCAUUUGUUAUACCUGCAUUGGUUAUAAUCGCAAUCAAUGUCAUCAUUCUGAUUAUAGUCAUUUUUAAGUUGCUGCGACCAACAAUUGGGGAUGGAUCCAGAGCCAAUAAUCAGGAGAGCGAUGCAUUCAAACAGAUUGUGAGAAGCAUUGCUGUGCUAACCCCAAUCCUUGGACUCACCUGGGCGUUUGGAAUACCAACCUUUCAACAAGAUUCCCCUCUUGCUUUCCAUUAUAUAUUUACAAUUCUCAAUGCUUUUCAGGGAUUCUUCAUUUUAGUCUUUGGAACAUUCAUGGACAAUAAGGUACGUGAAGCCUUGCUGAAGAAGUUUUCAUUGAGAGGAUUUUCUUCAAGAUCAAAGACUAGUCAGAACGUUUCUACUGCAAAGCCUUCCUCAAAACCUCAUCCUCGAUUUCGUGCUAAAAGGAAAAGUUACAAUUUAACUCAGCAACUUCACUCAAGUGAUAACAACCCAUCUCUUAGCUAUUCAAGUCUGAGUUAACUGCUGGAACUCAAUACAUCAAACUGAGCAUAUUUCGAUGCAGGAGGAAAAAUUAAAAUGCAUUUACAUCCCUAGAAAACAUUUUAGAAAUAAUUCAAGAAAUAAAAUAUUGCUUAUCUGAAGAAUGUAAGAAAUUAAAAUGCGUAAAACUAUGUACCAUGGGACAUGAACAAUGAUUAUUUUAAUUGCAAUCAGAAAUAUCUUCUUGUGUCUUGAGGAAAUAGUUCUUAUCAACAAAAGUAAACAUAAGAGCAAGUGUGGCACAGUACUGCCUCACGGCGCCAGGGACCUGGGUUUGAUUCCAGCCUUGGGUGUUUUUCUGUGUGGAGUUUGCACAUUCUCCUGUGUCUGCGUGGAUUUCCUCCCACAAUCCAAAGAUGUGCAGGUCUGGUGAAUUGGCCAUGCCCAUAGUAUUCAGGGAUGUGUAGGUUACGUGCAUUAGUCAGGGGUAAAUGUAGGGUAAUAGGGAAGGUGUCUGGGUUGGUUAUUGUUUGGAGGGUUCGUGCGGACUUGUUGGGUCACAGGGCCUACUUCCACACUCUAGGGAUUCCAUAAUGUGAUGUAAACUCAUGAUUGCCUGCAAUGCUAUUAAGCUCAUUUUAAGAUUAUAUUAAUAUUAGAGACUUAUCCAUUAAUAUAGAUUCUUCUUUUCUUAUAAUCAAUCUAUUUUUGCAGACAACAUUGUUAGUAUCUUUAGAAAAGUGUUUUCCUGUCUUGUUUAAUUGUUAAAGUGCUUAUCCCUCUUUUUCUCUCUCCUUCCCCUUCAAAUACCUUGGGUAUUUUCCACCAGGCCCUACUAUGGGUCUGCUCAGAAUCCCUUAAAUUCUUGGGCUUCAAAUGUUUACAAGAAUGUAAAAUUGGUGUAGGGCACUGAAAAUUUACUUGAUUUUCUGUUAUCUAGAAUUUUGGUGAAACUUUCCUCAGGAAACUUACAUUCUGGUUUGUUCUCAAUAACUCAGGUUGGCACAGUUGUUCUGGUAGGAUUAGUUAUAGGAAAAAAAAUGAAAAAUGCCUGCUGCCAAAGAUGAUGUCACGAUGGCUCAGUGGUUAGUGCUGCUGCCGAACAGCAUGAGGGACCCAGGUUCAAUUCCAGCCUUGGGUGACCAUCUGUAUGGAGUUUGCAUGUUCUCUGUGGGCUUCUGCCGGGUGCUGCUGUUUUCACUCACAGCUCAAAGAUGUGUGGAUCAAGUGGAUUGGCAAUGCAAAAUUGUCCCAUAGUGUCCGGGGAUAUGCAGGCUACGUGGAUUAGUCAUGAUGAAUGUGGGAUGCGUUGCUUCUGGGUUGGAUGCUCUUUGGGGGGAGUCGGCGCAGACCCGCUGGGCUGAAUGCCUCUUUCUGCAAUAUGGAGUUCUAGGUUUACCAGGAAGCUGGGUAAUGCUUUAGUAACCCCGUCCUCCCUCCAUCACUCCCUUCCUCCUCCACCAAUCUCCUCCAAUAUCACUACAUACUACAACUCACCCCUUUGUUUGCACAGCUUGCUGUUUCCUCAAAGGCAAAAGCCAUUCCAUGGAUUAAAUUUCAUGGAUCUACAACACAAAACCUUCUACAAAAUAGAAAAGGAAAAUAAUUGUCUUGCUCAUCUUCAAAUAAAUUCUAAAGCCUUUGUUCAUCUAUAUGAAAUACUCAGUGAACUCAAAACCAUUGAGUAACGUGAAAUAAAAUACUUGAAAGGAAGCAUAUGAGAAAAUAAUUUGCAUUUUAUUUAUAGUAAAUGUAACUAAAUUUAACAAUGUGGUUAGGUAUAAACUGCAAUUACAGUUAUUAGCAUAGGAUUGCUGAAUUUUACGCUAAAAUGUCUUUUAUAGUAGACUUGAAAUCUCUUUUUUAACUUGUGAAUUUAAAAUUCUUUUGAAUAAUUACUUAAACUUAUGAAGGAGUAGCUCUGGUUUAAAUAUUACGAAUAUAUUACUGUGAAUGGAAUUAUAUCCAAACAAAAUUGUCAUUUAGAAAUUACCAUGAAGUUCAAAUAUGAAUUUGUUCUGUUCUUUUCAUUUUCUUCAUAUAAGAUAUUUCCUCUGUGUAUUUUUAUGAAAUUUGUGAUUACA